AUGAAACGUGUAUACUUGUAUUUACUAGUGGUUAUUUGCUAUGGUGUGACUGCUCAAUAUAGUGGUUAUAAUCAACCUCGUGGUUAUCGCAAUAGACCAAAUAACGGGUAUAAACCCAACGGCUUUGGCAGAAAUAAUAACAACGAUAAGUAUUAUAAUAACAACAACUACAAUAAUAAAAACCAUAAUCCAUCGGGUCAUAAUGGGAAUAGAAUGCCUAAACUUACUAAAAGAUAUACUAUCGAAGGUCAAUCUGAACAUGUUUUUAAUAAGCAUGGAGAAAAUUAUCUCAAAGCAUUCGGCUCAAUGUUUGGCUUUAGUGAUACCCACCAAGGAUCUGAUUAUGCACAGACAACAACAUUUCAUAGUGGUGGUAUUUAUGGCAGAAACGGUAAAAAGAAAUAUUUUUCGACAUACGAUACUGAAGGUGAAGUGAAGCAUUAUCAGGAUACAAAAGGACAAGUUAAACUUAAAGUGAAUGGUUAUUUAAAUGGUCAUGAAACAGUUGAUGAUAAAAGAAAUGUUAAAGCAACUGCCACUUAUGAAACUGAUGGUAAUUCUAGUGGAGAUGAUGAUGCCAGUUAUUCACCUAUGGAUCAUCCUUAUUGA